AUGGUCAAACUCGAUAUUAUCCGAUCCACGAACGCGGCACUUGCGAACUCGGCGACAAAGCCGUACGUGGCUGUUGUGGCUGGCGGCACAGCGGGAAUUGGCGAGAGUGCGGUGCGGGCGCUCGCUGCAACGUUCGCGGGUCGCGGGGAUCGGGAGGAUGAUGUGCUUCGCGUACAUAUCGUUGAUACUAAGGAGGGCCUCGACAAGUACUACAGCCUGCUCUACUAUUCGCGGGCGCGCUUCGUCGAGAGACUACUUCCACUCCUGAUCGCGCCUCCCGGAGCCGGCCAUGUCGUCUCGGUACUCAACGCAAGCAUUAAGGAAGCACUCGUACUCGACGACUUCGCGUUGCGAAACUCGAAAAACCAAAAAUUUCAGACUGCCUUCGCGCAUCUGGUCAGCUUGACCAACAUCUUCUUCGAAGAAGUCGCGCGUCGCAACCUAGGCCGGAUAGCACUCUGCCACCAGCACCCGGGCUACGUGCCCACCGACAUUGCAUCGAAGAGCAACUUCCCCUGGUGGCUCAAAUUUUUGAUAACCUACAUCGUAAACCCCUUAUUUAGACCUUGGUGGGUACCGUUCGAAGAAUGCGGGCAGCACAUCUUGUUCAUGGCUUCGCCAGCGAGGUUCCCGGCGCGAAGACCUGAAUAUGUAAGAGAUAGUACGGAAACGCUGUUGGGAAGCGUGGACGGCGUUGAGCCGGCCGAGGGCAUAGACGGAGAUGUCGGAAGCGGGGCAUAUAGGGUGAAUAAGGACGGCGACACAUUUCCUAAGAGAAAGGAAUAUGGCAAGGUUCGCGAAAAUGGUACUACGGAGAAGGUCUAUCAGCAUACUAUGGCCGUAUUCGCAGAGAUCGAGGUCGGUGGGAUGUUCAAAGGCUGA